CUUAGUUUCUCUGUAGUGGCCGGUUCGAGAAGAGCUGCCACGAGGCGAAGACCAUCCCGCCUUCCCACACGCGUCUGCGACUCCCAAAUUAAUCAGCUGAUCGCUAAUUCGACUCGCCAUGUCGUAUUGCACGCGAGUUCUUCGCGCACAGAGACUGUCCGCUUUAGCGGCGGAUGUACAGCAACGAUGCUUCAGCGCGAGUCCGUUGAGCUUCGCCGCGGCGAAGGUGGCGAUGUCCAAAUUCGAUUCGACCAGCUACCUGCCCUACGACAAGCUGGACGAAAAUCUUAAAGUAGUUAAGAAGAGAUUGAAUCGGCCGCUAACUCUGUCCGAGAAAGUUCUAUAUUCCCAUCUCGAUGAACCUGACAAGCAAGAUAUCGUUCGCGGCACCAGCUACCUGCGAUUGCGGCCGGAUCGUGUCGCCAUGCAGGACGCGACUGCUCAAAUGGCAAUGUUGCAGUUCAUCAGUUCCGGUCUACCGAAAGUCGCGGUACCUUCCACCAUCCACUGCGAUCACUUGAUCGAGGCGCAGACCGGCGGUACGGAGGAUCUGAAACGCGCCAAGGACAUCAACAAGGAAGUCUACAACUUCCUGAAGACCGCGGGCGCUAAAUACGGCGUUGGCUUCUGGAACCCCGGUUCCGGCAUCAUCCACCAGAUCAUCCUCGAGAAUUACGCCUUCCCCGGUCUACUGAUGAUCGGUACCGACUCGCACACCCCGAACGGAGGCGGUCUAGGUUGUCUGUGCAUCGGUGUCGGCGGUGCCGACGCCGUUGACGUCAUGGCGAACAUCCCGUGGGAGCUCAAGUGCCCUAAGGUCAUUGGCGUGAAGCUCACGGGCGAACUAAAGGGUUGGACCAGUCCCAAGGACAUCAUCCUGAAGGUGGCCGGUAUCCUCACUGUCAAGGGCGGUACCGGCGCCAUCGUCGAGUACUUCGGACCGGGCGUCGACAGCAUCAGCUGCACCGGAAUGGCCACCAUUUGCAACAUGGGUGCUGAAAUUGGCGCGACCACCUCGAUCUUUCCAUACAACUACAGAAUGCAGGAUUAUCUGAAGGCGACCGGGCGCUCGGAAAUCGCUGGAGCCGCCGAUCAACAUAAGGAGAGUCUGCUGACGGCCGACUCUAAUGCCAAAUAUGAUCAGAUCAUCGAGUUGGACCUGUCGACUCUGGAGCCGCACGUGAACGGACCAUUCACGCCGGACUUGGCACACCCGAUCUCUAAAUUGGGCGAAGCCGCUAAGAAGAACGACUGGCCAAACGAGAUCAAGGUCGGCCUGAUCGGUUCUUGUACCAAUAGCUCCUACGAGGACAUGGGUCGAUGCGCAAAUAUCGCCAAGCAAGCUCUGAAACACGGCUUGAAAGCAAAAUCCGCGUUUAACGUCACGCCUGGAUCUGAACAAAUUCGCGCGACAAUCGAACGCGAUGGAAUCGCACAAACACUUCGUGAAUUCGGCGGUACAGUGUUAGCCAACGCCUGCGGUCCUUGCAUCGGUCAAUGGGAUCGCCAAGACAUCAAGAAGGGAGACAAGAACACGAUCGUCACGUCGUACAAUCGUAACUUCACGGGUCGGAACGAUGCCAAUCCAGCGACACACGCGUUCGUCACAAGUCCCGAGCUCGUUACUGCUCUUUCCAUCGCUGGUAAACUUGACUUCAAUCCGCUGAAAGACAAAUUAAAGGGCAAAGAUGGAAAGGAGUUCCUCCUGGACAAUCCGUACGGUGACGAGUUACCUAAUCGCGGUUUCGAUCCCGGUAUGGACACUUACGACUCACCACCAUCAGACGGUAGCAAAGUUAGGGUCGACGUGGAUCCCAAGAGUCAAAGAUUACAGUUACUGGAGCCCUUCGACAAGUGGGACGGCAAGGAUUUGGAGGAUCUAACGAUCUUGAUUAAAGUCAAAGGCAAGUGUACCACAGACCACAUCUCCGCGGCUGGCCCGUGGCUCAAGUAUCGUGGACAUCUCGACAAUAUUUCCAACAAUAUGUUCAUUGGCGCCGUCAAUUCUGAAAAUAGCGAGAUGAACAAGAUCAGGAAUCAACUGACGAAUGAAUGGGGUGCCGUCCCUGACGUUGCACGUGAUUACAAGAAGAAGGGCGUAAAAUGGGUUGCGGUGGGUGAUGAAAAUUACGGCGAAGGUUCCUCCAGGGAGCACGCUGCCUUGGAACCGCGUCAUCUUGGCGGCCGCGCUAUCAUCGUUAAGAGUUUCGCUCGUAUACACGAAACGAAUUUGAAGAAGCAAGGUCUCUUGCCCUUGACAUUCGCCGAUCCUGCUGAUUACGAUAAAAUUCAGCCUAACGACAAGAUCAGCCUUCUCGGAUUGAAGGAUCUGGCACCUGGCAAGCCGGUCAAAGCGCAAAUCAAACACAAGGACGGCAAAGUGGACACCAUCAGUCUGAAUCAUACAAUGAACGAGCAGCAGAUCGGUUGGUUCAAAGCCGGUUCCGCGUUGAAUCGCAUGAAGGAAAUAUCGAGUGGCGGACGAUAAGCUAAAUCGCCGAUUGGAUAUCCAUUCGAUCGGGGUCACCGAUUGUCAUAUAGCGCGUAAACGCAUUUGCGGAAAUGGGAAAGAAGAACAUGCCGAAUGUGGGCGAAGCCGAUCACGGUAGCGCAAUCGUCAUCGUGUCUUUGUCCUCUCGGAUAAUAAGUGAUUGAUACGAUACGGUGUCUAGCCAGUAGUUCAAACAACGCAAACGUCUAAAAUAUAUAAAAGUACUUAAGAUGUACUUCUAAAAAACCUUGGAUAUACCUUCCUAGGUAUAUUUUAGAUGUGUCGUGUCGUUAGACAAGCUUAGUUCAUCGUUGCCUUUUCCCUCACUUUUGCUCGACAAUACUAAUCGCUUACAUGACGCGAAGAAGACGUGCGCUCGUAAAGUUAAAAACUCUGACGGACAGAGCCUUAUUCCGCACCAAUGCGUAGUCACGGUCGCGUAUCGGCCGACGCGCUCAUUUCGGAAAUCGUGAACAGCUCGAAGGCGUUGCUACACAUGUACAUACAACACCAGCGAGGAAGCGCCAUCGUCAUUUUCUAGUUGUUAACUCAUUUUAGAAGAAUGUACUGUUUCGACGAAAGCCAAAUAAACUAUUAGCGCAACGAGUGGCGCAUCCUUAA